GCUGCUCGCUGCAUCGCCGCCUCCUCCUCCUCCUCCCGGUGCUGAGCGGCGCUGCAGGAUUUGCUCCCGAGCUGCUGGCGAGAGUGUAGCGGUGUUUCCUUCUGCAGCACUCCUGGAGGGAGAUCUGGGAAGCAGCAGGCGCAAUCACCCCGCACCCCACAGGGAGCUCGGAAGAACGCGAUGAAGAUGAUGAGCUCCCCUUGGGCGCGCUUCUAUUCCAACAGCUGCUGCAUGUGCUGCCAUGUCCGCACCGGCACCAUCAUCCUCGGCAUCUGGUACUUGAUCAUCAAUGCGGUGGUACUGCUGAUUAUUCUGAGCGCCUUGACAGAUCCUGACCAGUAUCACUUAACGACUGCUGAAUUGGGGAGUGACUUUGAAUUUAUGGAUGAUGCCAAUAUGUGCAUUGCCACUGCGAUUUCUCUUCUCAUGAUCCUCAUCUGUGCCAUGGCCACAUAUGGUGCAUAUAAGCAACAUGCAGCUUGGAUCAUUCCUUUCUUCUGCUACCAAAUCUUUGAUUUUGCACUCAACACUUUAGUUGCUAUCAGUAUCCUAGUUUAUCCGAACACAAUUCAGGAUUACUUGAGGCAACUGCCGGCUAAUUUUCCCUACAAGGAAGAGAUUAUGUCAGUGAAUUCCACCUGCCUAAUUGUGAUUAUUCUUCUUUUUAUAAGUAUCACCCUGGCUUUCAAGGCUUACCUGAUCAGCUGUGUUUGGAACUGUUAUCGAUACAUUAAUAACAGAAACAAUUCCGAUGUCCUGGUCUACAUUACUACUAACGACACAGCGGUACUGCUGCCUCCGUACGAUGAUCCUACAAAUGGCGCUGCCAAAGAUCCACCCCCACCCUAUGUGUCUGCAUAAGCAGCGUGUAUGAAAUGUACCUAAAGAACAAAUAGCUUUACUUUUCACAACACCUGAGCAAUAGAUCCUUUCAUUUUUAAGACGGGAUGUAUAAUCUCCCAGAUUUAUAUAUUCUUAUUUUGCUGCAGACCCGAUUAUUUUUAAAAAUGCUAUUUGCCUAAAGCAGCAUUGGAUUGGCUUGAGAACCAACUUGACUUUAGCUAAAGUUACUGUAGUUUAUUUUCCCAUGUCUUCUCCUGCAAAUCUAGAAAAUUUGUACUUUAUACCCGCCCCCCACAUGCUGUAGAGUGUGGAAUUUUUGUUUUUGUUAUGUUUGGAGUUUCCAGAUCAAUUAGAACAAGUUUCUGACUUCAAAUCGUAGCAUUGGGUUGGAUUGAGCUUGGCUGUUCCAUGUAUGAAAGGGGGGGUCCUAUUCAUGGAAAGGACAAAGUGAAAUCCUGCAGAGACUUCUGGAGGAAGAAAGGAGCAAUUUUUGACAG